AUCAUAUACUAGUUGUCAUUCAAAAUGGCAUCAGAGAAUGAUUUAAUCAAUGAUGGUGUCCACAAAAUAGAUAAUGGAAUGAUAACGGACAGUACAGAAACUGUACCAAACUAUGAGAAUACUGACAAGACAGAGGGGUUAAAGACGGAUGAAACCCGAAUGACAAUAGAGCGGACAACUGACAGAUGUGAUUCAGAAAACAAAGAGGCGUCCUGUCUCCUUCAUUCGAAUUUAAGAGAAAAGAAAGACUCCGAAUCUACUUCUGUUGAGAUAGAAGACCAAUCAGCUAGAUUGUUGUAUAAAGUGAGUGAUAGACCGGCUCUGCAGUCCACCCUGUUCUUUGCAUUUCAGAACACACUUUUGGCAUUGCCAUGGAAUCUGACACUUGUAAUAUUGGUUGCAGAGGUAACUUGUGCUCGGGAUGACGACGAAUUGAAAGCUAGAUUAUUAUCAACAACAAUUUUAUUGAGUGGUUUGACAACAUUUGUACAAGUUACAUUUGGUGUAAGAAUGCCUGUUUAUCAAGGACCAACCACAGCCUACAUUAUUCCGCUACUAGCUAUAACAAACCUAGAAGAGUGGAAAUGUAACUCAGAUCAUAAUAGUUUUCUGAACAACACAGGCGUAAACCAAAGUUUUUCAUAUUUAAACAACACAAAAGAACAUAUACGAGAGACGAUCAUAUAUCCAAGGUUUGCAGUUCUUUCAGGAUCCUUAAUUGCAGCAGGGUGCAUUCAUGCAUUUUUAGGAUUAACAGGAAUGGUAGGAUAUCUGAUGAAAUUUAUUGGACCAAUCACAGUCAUUCCAACCAUUCUGCUCAUUGCCUUGGCUGUUUUUAAAAUAAUGGCGAACUUUUGUGCUAUACACUGGGGUAUAUCUAGCAUUUCAGUGAUAAUUUCGUUGAUCACAUCUUUAUACCUAGCUGGAUGGAGAAUGCCAUUGCCUUUCUGGACAAGUGACAGAGGAUUUCAUAUCGUUAGAUAUCCAUUACAACAAGUUCUAUCUAUGUUGAUCGCCAUAUUGGUAGGCUGGAGCAUAGCUGCCAUAUUCACAGCUGCAGGAGUCCUAUCAAAUGAUAAAACUCAGAAACAGUACGAAGCCAGAACAGAUGCCAGGAGUCAUGUUAUUGAAACCACGCCUUGGUUUUAUUUGCCCUAUCCAGGACAAUUUGGUGGCAUAGGUUUCAAUUCUGGAAUAUUCGUUGCAUACCUAACUGCAACAUUUACAUCGGUAGUAGACUCGAUUGCAGACUACUACGCAUGUGCUAAAAUGUCCCACAUCCCUCCACCACCCGUGCAUGCAGUAAAUCGUGGAAUCAGUGUAGAAGGAAUUAUGUGUGCUGUUUCCGGAAUUUUCGGAACUGGGCAUGGAACAACGACAUUUGGGUCUCACAUCGGCUGUAUUGGCAUAACACGGGUUGCUAGUCGUUUUGUUUAUCAGGUAUUUGCUCUGAUGUUGAUCAUUUGUGCAAUAGUUGGUAAAUUUGCUGCUGUGUUUAUAACUAUACCAUAUCCAGUAUUAGGAGGAGUACAAGUUUUAGGAUUUGGAAUGUUUAUAGGAUUAAUAAUGUCAAAUGUACAGUAUAUAGACAUAAAUUCAAAUAGGAAUUUGGCUAUUAUUGGCAUUGCCAUAAUGAUAGGAUUGAUGAUACCGUUCUGGGCUUCAAAUAACGUGAAUUCUAUAAAAACAGGAAUUCAAGAGCUUGAUGGAUUUUUAGAAAUGGUACUGAGCAAUCCUAAUCUUUCUGGUGGAUUUACAGCAUGUUUCCUUGACAACACAGUUCCUGGAACUCUGAAAGAGAGAGGCCUGGUUGGUUGGGCUACAGGAGGGAUAGACGAGGAAUGUGAGGAACCAACAGGAGAUAUAGAAGAUUCAGCGGAUGUUUAUGAGAUACCUGCCAUCACUCGUCUUCUUGAAAAAAUAUCUUUCACGAGAUUUAUACCAUUUUCACCGACAUUUAGAAGACGUAAAGAACAAUGACUGACCGUACCAUAUUAAACUAAAAUGAUUUGGAAUUGUAGACAUCCAAGAGCAUAGGAAAUCAAAAUAUGUUCCAAAAAUUAUAGAUUAUUUUUUAAA